AUGGGCGUAAGAUCUGCGCUUGUCCAUACCCUGCAGUCUGCGGAGACGCAGGUGAAGAUGAACACCGAUAUCAUUGGACCACUGUGGGACCCCAAUCGGAGAUCCGAGGUCACGUAUGUAUUGCAGCUUGUCAUCCUAGGCCUGGCAGCCGAGCUCGCCGGUUUCCCCCAAAUCAAAGCGGCCAACGUCCACUGA